AUGGUAUUCAAACUGGAGACAGGUAAAUCUAUGAUUAGAACUGGAGACAGCGAUGAGGCCAGUUAUGUCCCGAAGGACAUAUUCGGAGGCCAGCCUUUAGGAAUAUUUACUGAGCCUCUGCCAGCCUCCGCAGAGCCUCAAGAAGUAUUGACAACGUGGAGGAAAUGUGUGCAGAGAGAGCUUGAGCUACUGGGAACUCCAUCCCCCCGGAACGCCCUUGAAGAACAUAUCCUAUGGACAGAACAAGGAAAACUUUGGAAAUUUCCUAUAGAUAAUGAGCAGGAUCUUGAAUAUGCCGAAGAAAAGUUUCAUCAUCAUGUAUUUUUAACUCAACAUCUACAGCCCUGGUGCCCAGCUUCCGGUCCAAUCAGACAUUUUAUGGAGCUUAUCUGUGUCGGAUUGUCAAAGAACCCCUACGCCUCAGUAGAGUAUAAGAAGAAAACCAUCUUAUGGUUCAAAUCAUAUUUUGAACGCGCAGAAAUUAAUGAGAUUUUGGUGCAUCAGGGACUAUGGGCAGAACAAAAUCAGAGCAAAGAAGUUUGAAGAUGUGGCAGCCAUUUUAUAAAUGGCGGACUAUCAAGUCAGCCAGUUUUAACAAUACUGGAAAAAAUCAUUCUAAGUAAGCCAGCUCAUGAACAUUAAAAAUUCUAAAAUUUCAGA